AUGUGUUGCAUUAAUUAACAUAAUUAUAUAAAAAGUGUGUGUAUAUAUAUAACAAGUGGAAGAAAAAUCAGAAGAAGAAAUAGCAGAAAGUCCUUUCACUUUCUUUGUCUCUUUUGAGUUUUUGACUGUUUACAAUCCCUUUCUUCUCUAAGGUUGGCAUGGGUUGUAAGUUUUCAAAAUAUUCAACAUGCUGUUGGGGUAGUGAGCAAAGUGGUGGUGGUGGUGGUGUUCAGGUUCCCGGGGCGAAUAUUGAUGAAAAUGAAAACAAUAAUAUUGAGGGAAAUGGCUCGCUGUCGUUUCGUGAAUAUACGAUUGAUCAGCUUAGGAAGGCCACCUCUGGGUUUGCGGUAGAUAAUAUUGUUUCUGAGCAUGGAGAAAAGGCUCCAAAUGUUGUUUUUAAAGGGAAACUUGAAAAUCAAACGCGAAUUGCCAUCAAACGGUUCAAUAAAUCAGCCUGGCCAGACGCCCAUCAAUUUUUGGAAGAGGCCAAAGCUGUUGGUCAGCUAAGGAGCCCAAAAUUGGCAAAUCUGCUUGGAUGUUGCUCUGAAGGUGAUGAGAGGUUGCUUGUAUCAGAAUAUAUGUCCAAUGAUACUUUGGCAAAGCACUUGUUCCAUUGGGAAACUCAGCCCAUGAAAUGGGCAAUGCGACUUAGAGUUGCUUUAUACCUUGCCCAAGCUCUAGAGUACUGUACCAACAAAGGACGGGCUCUAUAUCAUGAUCUAAAUGCUUACAGAGUUCUUUUUGAUGAUGACUUCAAUCCUAAACUUUCAUGCUUCGGUUUGAUGAAAAACAGUCGAGAUGGGAAAAGUUAUAGUACGAAUUUGGCAUUUACACCACCUGAAUACCUCAGGACAGGUAGAGUGACCCCAGAGAGUGUAACUUAUAGCUUUGGGACCCUUUUGCUUGACCUUCUCAGUGGAAAACAUAUUCCUCCAAGCCAUGCCCUUGACCUGAUCAGGGACAGGAACCUUCAGAGUCUAACAGACUCAUGUUUAGAAGGACAAUUUUCAGAUGACGAGGGGACUGAAUUAGUUCGUCUAGCCUCACGAUGUUUACAAUCUGAACCGCGAGAGCGUCCUAAUCCAAGGUCACUGGUCACUGCUCUAAUACCUUUACAAAAGGAUUCUGAGGUCCCUUCUCAUGUGCUGAUGGGUAUACCUGAUGCCGAUGGUAGUGCCGCUUUUCCCCUUACUCCACUUGGGGAAGCUUGUCUACGCAGGGAUCUGACAUCCCUACACGAGGUGCUGGAGAAAAUAGGGUAUAAAGAUGACGAGGGUGCAGCUACGGAGCUUUCGUUCCAAAUGUGGACCAACCAGAUGCAGCAAACAUUAGACUCGAAGAAGAAAGGAGAUGCCGCUUUUCGGCAGAAGGACUUCAAAAAUGCAAUCGAUGGCUACACCCAGUUUAUUGAAGUUGGAAGCAUGACUUCUCCAACAAUUUACGCGCGCCGUAGUCUGUCGUAUCUCUUCAGCAACAUGCCAAAUGAAGCACUUGGUGAUGCAAUGCAGGUGCAAAUGAUAUCUCCUAUUUGGCACCUCGCAUUUUAUUUACAAGCUGUUGCUCUUUUGGCACUGGGAAGGAAGAAUGAAGCCCAAGUGGCACUUAAAGAAGGUUCUUCACUUGAAACUAAUAAGAGCACAAAUUAAUUGAGGUGGUUUGGUUACCCGAAUCUUGAAUAUAACUUUUACAUAGAAAAAAGCUGUUGGUUUUUCUCAAUGUUUGUGCGCAAAUGUACAUUGUGGUUAUUAAGGUUUAUUUAUACUUGUGCAUGCUUAGAAGCAUUCUUUUGCACAGACUAGAGUCACCUCCCAGAGUCAUAUAUUUGCAGUAGGAUUCUUGUUUAGCCACCUCUAUGUUAGUAGAAGCAUAAAGAUGGAACAUAUCGUCGUCGAUUAUGAGCUGAAGAGUGAAAGCAACUUUUAGAAGAGAGGUGUGUUUGUAAAGGGUUCAUCUGUCUGUUUAUGUUGGGGAAAUAUUGUUAUGCUUGUAAUUUAUUGUACAGAAGAACAAUUUGGUUAUGACAUGACUUUUGUGAUAUUGAUAUAUUCAUUUUCCUUCUAAUAAAUUAUUUACUUUUUGUAAA